AUGGUUCACGCGCACGCGCGCGGGGAGCAGCGCGCGCAAGCAGCUGCUGCCGCGCCCAGCAGCGCGCGGGGCAGCUUGCGCCGGGUCCACAGGCUCCGACCGCGGAGAGAGCAGCGCUGCGCGCGCGCAGUGGCAGUGCGGCUGCUGCUGGUGCCACUGGCCGCGGCGGCGCUGGUGGGCCGCGUGGCGGUGGGCGCGCGCGGCCGUGAUGACGUGGCUGCAACGCCAGGCGAUUCGCAAGGAGAUGACAUCCCUCCGGCAGGAGAUGACAUCCCUCCGGCAGGAGAUGACAUCCCUCCGGCAGGAGAUGACAUCCCUCCGGCAGGAGAUGACAUCCCUCCGGCAGGAGAUGACAUCCCUCCGGCAGGAGAUGACAUCCCUCCGGCAGGAGAUGACAUCCCUCCGGCAGGAGAUGACAUCCCUCUGGCAGGAGAUGACAUCCCUCCGGCAGGAGAUGACAUCCCUCCGGCAGCGGUGGCGAGACGACAGUCUCAGGGCUGCUGCUCCUUGCCCUCCCUCCCUUUUCCCUUCCGGCCGCCCAGCUUUCCACUCUCACAUCUGCACGCGCACCUCCCUCCUCUGAUCCAGCAACCCUCAGAGCGCACAGCCUUCCGACACUCUUGUGUUGUGCCACUCGUUGCCUGCCAGCCGCUUUUGUCACACAUCCCCAAGCAUCUAUCCUCCCCCUUCCCUCCCUGCCUCCACCCAGCCACACCAACAACACUGCUCGACUCCCUCAAUCUCACGCGCUCGCCCAUCACAGCGCUCUUUGUGUUCGGGGACUCGCUGGUGGACGUGGGCAACAACAACUACGGCACAUACCGCUUCCUGCGCGCUGACCUGCCACCCUACGGCAUCAACUACAAGCAGGCGUCGGGGCGCUUCUCCGACGGCCGCCUGCAGAUCGACUACUUGGCCGGGGCGCAGCGCCUCUUGCGGGCUCAACUUCGCCAGCGCGGGGGCAGGCAUGCUGGACACUACCAACCCCGGCCAGGUGGGGGCCAGGUGGGGCCAGGUGGGGGCCAGGUGGGGGCCAGGUGGGGCCAGGUGGGGGCCAGGUGGGGGCCAGGUGGGGGCCAGGUAGGGGCCAGGUGGGGGCAGGUGGCGCAGAGGCAGUCCCAUGUGGAGCGCAAGUGGAGUGGAGGGGCUGGUUGGUCGGGAUCUGGGCUGGUUGGUCGGGAUCUGGGCUGGUUACCACGUGGUGGGUGGUGGGGUGGGGAAGCAUGGAGGCAGAAGGAGAGAGAGUGGAGUGGGGCGGGAAUGGGAUGCAAGCAGUGCUGGGGUGUGCUCUACUCACCCGCACACUUCCGUGCAUGGCAAGGCACACUGGAGUGGAUCACUUGUGCUCUCUCGCUCCUUGCUUUCCUACCCCUCUCGCUCCUUGCUUUCCUACCCCUCUCUGCCUCCCACAGCUCUCAUUCUACCCCUCUCUGCCUCCCACAGCUCUCAUUCUACCCCUCUCUGCCUCCCACAGCUCUCAUUCUACCCCUCUCUGCCUCCCACAGCUCUCAUUCUACCCCUUGCCUCUCCGCCUCACUUGCAAACACCAACCCGCCACCAACCCCACCCCCUCCUCCUCCUUCCUCGCCCCCACCCCACUGUUUUCUCGUGUGCUAUCAGACAUUCCCGCUGUCCUUCCAGCUGGGAAAGUUCCGGGAAGUGCAUGCAGCGGUGGUGGGGCAGGGCAGUGGCGAGCAGAGCAGUGGCGAGCAGAGCAGUGGCGAGCAGAGCAGUGGCGAGCAGAGCAGUGGCGAGCAGAGCAGUGGGAGCAACGAGUCUGCUGCCACGUCGUCAAAUGGUGGCGACGCUGGGAGUGUGGGAAGUGGCAGCAGCGGCAGCAGCAGCAGCAGCGAGGAGAGCCUGCCAGACAAGAGUGCGCGCACAGCAGCGCUGUACGUGGUGGAGAUCGGGGCGAUGGCGGCAGCGCUGUACGUGGUGCAGGUGGGGUCAAACGACUACCUCUACCUGCUAUCGCAGCUCCACAUGGGGCUCGUCCCCAACAUCCCCACCUCCCUCCCCCCCCGCAACGCCACUCGCCCUCCUCGCUUCCGCAAUGCCUCCUCACUGCCACGCCUGCCCAACAUCGCCGCCCUGCCACCGCUUCCCUUCAACUCCUCACCCUUACCAUCCGCCUCCCUACCCUCUGCCGCCUCUGCUGCUUCUGCUGCUUCUGCUGCUUCUGCUGCUUCUGCUGCCUCUGCUGCUUCUGCUGCCUCUGCCUCCAUGGUCCCCCCAGCCUCAUCCCCCGAACGGACUGCUGGAGCAGACAACGCGUCUGACUCGACAAGACCAGCCGCCCGCCUGCGCAGGGUGGCCACACGUGGCGGGCUGCCAUUGGAGGAGGCAGUGAGCCAGCCGCCACAGUCGGUGACAGAGAGGGUGGGUGCGGUGGGGCGGUUGUCAGCGACGCUGGGAGGCACUGUGGCUGCGUCCACCCAGGGCACCCUGGAUGCCGUGCAGGCCCUCUACAGCAUGGGCGCGCGGCGCUUCCUGGUGUACCUGCUGCCGCCCAUCACAUGCGCGCCCGCUCUCAUGCAGGCGCUGGGGCAGCGCACGUGCUCCGCGUGGCCGCUGAGCGCCGUGCCGCUCGCCCACAACGCGCUGCUCACUGCAGGGCUGCACGCGCUGCAGGCUCGCCUGCCAGGCAUCGUCAUUCUCACGGCGGACGUUGGGGGGCUUGUGGUCCGCGCUGUUGACCAGCCGGAGGCCCUGGGCUUCACCAGCGGCCCAGAGGCGUGCUGCGGUGCGCCUGCACCGCUGAACGGGUUGGUGCAGUGCGGGCGCACGGCGCUGGUGAACGGCACCCCCACGCCCUACACGCUGUGCCGCCGCCCCUCCCACCACGUCUUCUGGGACGCCUUCCACCCCUCCCAGCGCCUCAACCUCCUGCUCGCCGCCCGUGUGUGGCGUGGCGCCCAGGGCGGAUGGCGUGCUGAUGACGGGGACGAAGGGGAUGGUGGGGAUGACAGGUUGGGUGAUGAUGUGGGUGAGGAUGGUGGUAGCGGAGUUGUAAUGCGUCCUGUUGGGCUGAGAGCACUCGCAAGAUAUUUGGCCGAGAUAGAAUGA